AUGAGGCUGGGGGAGACAGACGAUGGCAACCAAAAGUGUGGGAGGGGAAAAGCUACAAAGCUGAAGCGAGGUGAUGGGGUUGCGGCUAUGGCCCCCUUGCAACUGUGCCCUGGCCCUGAACUCCCCGUGGAGUUCGGGGCAGGAGUUCAGUUGAAUGCCGCCGGCAAUCGAGUCGAAGAUCUGCCUGCUUUCAAUGAGGCCCUGUUGUGGUCUGCAGCGCUGGAGCCUACCCUGAAGGGAGUCUCCAUGACUUCCCCCAGGACCCCAGUCCACCUCAGAUUCCUUGCCCUCCAAGAUCUUCAGGAGAAAUGCCCCUUACUGUCUCUGUCACAACCAAUUCACAUACAAGAUCCGGAGGUUUCAGCAGAUCAACCAACCCCCAUCCAAGAACUGGAGUCUGUGGUGAUUGAACAAGCUCAAACUGGAGGGCGACAAAAUCCUGAUGCGGAUCUAAUAGAGAUCAACUGCAAAGACAUCACUUGCAUUCAGGAUAACUGGGAUGUGGAAGAGUUUGUCUCACACACGUGCAUGGGGACAUUCCUCCAUCACCCCGCCUACAAGCUGCUCUUGGCAGGUUUCAUCAUUACCAACGCGGUCAACAUUGCCCUCCGAUCGGAGCCGACAUUUGAAGAGAAAUACUACGGGUUCUUUUCUGCUAUAGAUACGAUUGUGCUGGCUUUCCUUUUCUGCGAGGUAUUUCUCAACUGGUACUAUGGAUUCUCAUUAUACUGGAAGAUCUGGAUUGCUCCAGGUCUGCUGGCUGUUCACUUUAAAUGCUUCAGCAUUCCAUCCCUGCACCAAGCUGAUUUUAAUAAAAAACCAAACAAGUACUUCCAAAAACCGCAGAAGGGCCGCCCCAGCCAAGAGAGAGGGGAAGGCAUGAUCCAGAGAGUCAGGGAAGGAGGACUGGUGGCAACAAAGGAUGUGACUGCUGGCCCACCCUUGCCGGCCUCACUGAAGGAGAGGAUGCCGCCGUGUGGAGCCCACGAUGUGGAAGGAGCCUUUGGUUUCCUGCCGAAAUCAGGAAUAAUGCGACUGAUGCAGGUUUGUACCUUGGUGGCUGGUCUGGGUAGGAUGAUCAAGGUGAUCCUGAAGUCUGCUCCUGACAUGUUUAACAUCAUGGUCCUGCUUUUUGUCAUCAUGCUGGUCUUUUCCGUGUUUGGUGUGACGCUCUUUGGCAGUGUUGUUCCAGUGCAUUUUGGGAAUUUGGGGACUGCCUUGUACACGCUUUUCAUCUGCAUAACGCAGGAUGGGUGGAUUUCCAUCUAUGAUGCUUUUGAUGAUGAAGGCUUCGCCCUGAAGUUUGGAGGGGCUCUCUACUUCUUCAUCUUCAUCACCUGCGGGGCCUUCAUCUGUGCAAAUCUGCUGGUGGCCGUGGUGACAACCAACCUGGAGCAGUCGGUCGCGGCUUACAAUGAGCAACAGCAGUUGCAGACGCUGGCCCAGUCGGAGACGGCAUAUGGAGAGCUGGAUGAUGGCACAGAUGAUGAUGCCCGCCCACCUCUGUCAUCGAUGCAUCUGAAAGAAAUCAUGCGUGCUACAGCCAUGAUCCGUUGCCAGGAUCUGCUCAGCUAUGGUAACCUGGGUAACCUGAACGAUUCCACCUGUGACGAUCUCUGCAUUGUCCUGGAAGCAAUCCACGAGAACCUAAAGGAAUACCAGGAGAUCCGGGUUGAGCUCAAUCAAAUAGUCGACGAGGUAAGAACCGUAAAGUUCAAUAUUGAGCAGGAGCAAGAGGUGGUUCUACGGAAUAUCCGCGGGUCAACCAUCUCAGACCCUGUCCUUACAAAAGAUGUCAUUCAAGGAAGGGCCAGUGACGUCCUCUCUGCUCUGUCAACCCUGGAAAAGGCAAACAAGAUAGAAACAGAUUACCAGAGAGGAGCGCUAAAAGAGGCAGCCUUGAGAGCGCGGAGGCAGUCAUUGUUAACGCCAGAAGAAAUUGCAGAUCUGGUGUGCCAAGAUACUAAUGUGGCGGAAGUACCUGAAGACAGGAAUCAAAGGCAUGAUGGCUUGCCAUAUGAAAAACACACUACUCCAUCCGUUCUGGUUUUCUUGUUUAUAGAGCACCAUCUGGAGUUGACUCGGGCGGCCGAGAAACCUUUCUGUCACCUGGCCGCUUUAAGAUCCAGCCACAAGGCGUGCAGCCGACUCUCCCAGGGUCAAUAUUUGCAUGGCCACGCCCACGCCCCCUGA